AUGGGGCCGGCCCUGCUGCGUAGUGGACGGUGAUAGAUGAGGAGCCACGAGACCGUGGGCGGGCUGCCUCACCUCCCGGGCCUCGCCCGUGCCGUCCGCCCGCGGCUCACUCCUGUGUGUUGUGGCAGCUGCCAGCGGCGCCGCUGGUCCAGCCGUCGCCUCCCUGCCCGCCGCCUGCGGAUGCUCCGGCACACGCUCACCCCACGCCGUGCCCAGCCCCGAGGCUGCGGAGGAGACGGGACGGCCGCAGCAUCCUCUCCGAGGCAACAUCUUACCCGCUUGGCCGCGUUGCGCCAGCUGUGAGAGGCAGCUUGCCCGGCCCUCGGUGCCCUGCAGGGACGGCCGGCCUGCGGCGAGGUGGUUAUUUUCCCAAUAUUUUUUCCCAAAGGUUCAGCCCUCGCUGUCCUGAGCUCUCUGGGACGCCCGGAGCGGGACACCGCGCGGGUGCCUGUUGUGCUGUCUUAGAGAUGCUGCUGCUCCUCUCUGGUGCAAAUCCAAAUGGCCGCGAUGGGAGGAGUCCCGGGACGUGUUUCUUUUCACCGACCGGAAGCGUUUCACAGAACCGACGUCCCGCAGGGAUCCCGUGUCCUGUGCCGGUCGUCCGGUUAACGUAUACUGAUUUCAGACACCGUUUUCUGUUAGCUGUCGGCGGAAGGAGGGCUCUGGCAACGUGAAAGUCGAAGUCGGGGCUGAGGCGUCCCCCUGGCUGGUGACGCUGGGUGCCAGUCCCGACCCCCCCUCCGCUGCAGGGCUUCGGAGCAGAGGCAUGGUUAACUGGACAGCAUUUUCGUAUUUUCCCGCGCCAUCCUGGCAUGGACUCCCCAUCCCUGCGUGCUCUGCCCAGGGGGAAAAGCCCUGUGCCGCCCUGCUUCCCGCGCCAUCGGCGAUGCCAAGAUAGCUCGUGGAGGCUGCAGCUCCGUGGCUGAGAGGCAUGCUGCAGGGCGGAGGAGCUGUGGCAGCCCGUUAGCGAAGACAAGUGUUAUUCCUAGUAUUUGCUUUUAUUGCCUAAAUGAAUCCUUUGUACCUUUUUCUGAGGAGGAAGGGUACGUAAUAUCUGCUUUCCGCUGACCUAAAAGGAUCACGUUGCCUCGGCUCCGACCGUCACCGUAGAGAACGGGAGGCUCGAGAAUGGCGUUAGCGGUAUGGACGGGAAGAAAUGCAGCGUGUGGAUGUUUCUACCGCUUGUGUUUACCCUGUUUACUUCAGCCGGAUUAUGGAUAGUGUACUUCAUAGCAGUGGAAGAUAACAAAAUCAUUCCACUAAGUGUGCCGGAUAGGAAACCAGGUUCCAAAAGACCACCUUAUAUAAGUAUUGCAGGUGAUGCACCUCCUGCAAGCUGUGUCUUUAGCCAAGUCAUGAACAUGGCAGCAUUUCUAGCACUUGUCAUCUCUGUCCUGCGCUUCAUUCAGCUGAAGCCCAAGGUGCUAAACCCUUGGCUGAACAUCAGCGGCCUGGUGGCCUUAUGCCUGGCCUCCUUUGGGAUGACCUUACUUGGCAACUUUCAGCUUUCCAACGAUGAGGAGAUCCACAAUGUGGGCACAUCGCUGACCUUUGGCUUUGGGACCUUGGCAUGCUGGAUCCAGUCUGCCCUCACCCUCAAGAUCAACCUGAAGAAUGAAGGACGGAAAGUCGGGAUCCCACGAGUUGUCCUGUCAGCCAGCAUCACCCUCUGCGUGGUGCUCUAUUUCAUCCUGAUGAUGCAGGGCAUCCACGUGCAUGCUGCCAGGAUCCAGUGGGGCCUGGUGAUGUGCUUCCUCUGCUACUUUGGCACGUUUGCGGUGGAGUUCAGGCACUACAGAUUUGAGAUCGUUUGCUCUGAGUACCAGGAAAACUUCCUGAGCUUUUCCGAAAGCCUAUCUGAAGCCUCUGAGUACCAGACGGAUCAGGUGUAGCCCAUCCUCUGGCGGGGGGGAGAGGGGCUGGUGUGUUCUUAUGGGCUAAACAUGACCUCAUGUAUACUUUUUUGAUGAGUUUGUUUUCCAUGUGCAAUCAUGACCACAUUGCCAAAGGGCUCUGAGGGCAGCUGUCUCAAUAAGAGCCAAACAAAAAUACCUGUCUGAUGGAAGAGGAAUGGGUCGUUUUGAACUGUCAUGUGAGCGAGCACAAGUUUAUGCUACCAGUGACUUUCUCAGCAGCUGCCGCAGUCCUGUUGUUCAAGACACGCAACAGCCGGUCCUUGCGACGCCUCUCUGAGGCUGGCACCCCGGGACUGUCCUGCACAGGAGGGACUGAAGGAAAAGAACCUCUCCAGGCACAGAGACUCUGCAGAAAUCGACAGUUCCCAAGUCACUAGAUGGCAUCUUUUAUGUGUAUAGCAUUGGUUUGUUUGCUUUGGAUAGCCGUAAGUUGGUAGGGGUGAGAAAGCGGCCGUUUCUUCCGGACUUGGACUCAGCCAGUGGAAGACCCAAACGAACGGGCUUUUGCUGCGAGCAGGCGGGCGUUUCUUCCAGCUUGCAAAGCAGUCGAAGGGGAAGUCAGGUUUGGGUGAGAUGAGGCUGUUGAACACAGUAAAGAGGCAGCGAGACUUGACCGAUGCCACCUUGUAGCCAGGUGGGUUGUGCACACACCAGAGAGGAUGACACUCGCCACCUCUGUGGGGCACUACGCUUGGCUUCGCCUUUCAGGCUCAGCAGCUGGUACUGAGCAAAGCGAGGUGCUGAAUUCAGACACGAAUGCCUGUAUGCCGGCUCUAAAGAUGACCCAGAGAAGGUUGCUUUCUGUGAGUGUUUAGUGCUUCCACCACAUGGCACGCCUAAUAUUUCAAAAGCCCUUUUUUUUUUUUUUUUUUUU